GAUCCCUGAGCGGUGCUGUUUCUUCUAUUGCAGGCAAUUGUCUGUCUCACCCGCCCGAAGCUCCUCCUUCUGCGCAGCGCUUCUGCUCCCAGGGCCUCUUUGCCGCGCUUCUCCCCUCCUCCUGCUUGCGCCUCCCGCCCCAAUGAUGUCUGACUUCCGGCGGCCCUUGUUUGCGCACGCCUGGGAGGAGGAGGAGUGCCUGGAGUACUACGGGAUGAUCCCCCUGCACCGCAUGUUCGAAGUGGUGGGGGCCCAGCUGACCCAGAAUGACGUGGAGGUGCUCUCCUUCCUGCUGGAGGAGACGCAGCCCUGGCACCACCCGCUGGACCCGGAGCUCUGGGCAGUGGUGGCCUCGGAAGAAGGGGCUGCGGAGACUGCCUCGCCCGCCCUGCAGGGCUGGAGGAAGAAGCAGCAGCAGGAGGGGGGCUCAGCCUGGGCGGAAGGCAGCCUCGAGGGGGCCAGGGGGCUGCCCAAGGACGGUGUCCGGCUUCUCCUGGAGCUCGAGCGGAGGGGCAAGUGCGACGAAACCAACUUUGUGCAGCUGCUGCAGCUCCUGCGGGUGCUCACCAGGCACGACCUCCUGCCCUACGUCACUCUGAAAAGGCAGCGGACAGUUUCUCCUGAGAGAUACACUUACGGGCCGUCUGUCCUGUCGUCCGACCAGCAGGUGGACAACUGUCUCAAUUCAGCCUCUGCAGAGCCUCAGAGCGAUCAGUGGGAGGCAGGCUCCAGUUCCAGCAAAAGGAAACGAGUCAGCAGAGGCCGGGCAAAGUCUGCUACUCCCCGCAGGCGUCGGGGAGCCAAAGGGCCUUCUGCUCCCAAGCAGGAGGUCCAAACUCCAACCAAAGUGACUUGUGGUAAGUGUCUGCCUGGCCCGUGCUGUGUGCUCUUAGGGCUCCCUCGAGUCCUUCCAAAUAAUAUGCCAUGAGCAUCUUGGGUCUCUGUUAAGGGAAUGGAGUCCUAAGGGUGACUGGAGCCAAAGUGGGGGGUGGGGGUGGAGGAGGUGGCAGCCCGGUGCACAUCGCUGCCAGGAAAGGCUCCAGUGGCAGGCCAGGGAACGUGGUGGCGGGCUUGCAUUGUUAGGUGCAGCUGGACACCACAGGGCUCCAGUCCACUGGGAGUAUGGGGAUUUUAGUCCCACUCUUUGGGGCUAAGUUAUCUUCUAUUCCUAGUUGAUUUGACUGGUUUCUAUGGUUCCUAUUUUCAAAUGACCACAAUGGUGAAUUUUCUAACUCACCCAUGAUGAUAGAUAACUAAAUCAGAAAAAAAUUGUCCCGGGUGUAUUGCAUGAAACCAGCAGCUUUAUGAACAUGGGAGAGGGUGCCUUCAGGUUGUUAAACCCUUAGCAUCAGUUGCUGGGGAAACUGGGAGCUUUUAAUUCAGUGCCCUAGGGUGCUUAAAGAACUGGUCUUGGAGAGAGACGGCCUUAGCUGCUUUGAGGUCCUUUUCUAUGUAAAUUGGAGUCGGCUCAAGGUGGCGGAUCUGAUAUAUAUUAUAUAUUAUAUAUA